CCGGGAACCGGGAGCUAGGCGAACCGGCGGAACCUUCUGGAGAUGGAGCCAGAUUGCGGAGCCCAAGCAGCGCUGCCGCUACAGCCCUUACAGCUAAACUUGAUGUCCUUUGUGUCGUCGCCAAUCCCCUCACACGUUUCAUUGACAGGCACCAAUAUAAGCCAAUAGAUACCUGCGGUCCCGCCUCUCUCGCCCGAGCGGUUAUACAAGCUAGGCCUCUGAAGAACUAGGAAGAUAUAACAGCCUUCAAUCAGUCGGUUCGAACCCAGCAAAGGAUAGAAGAGGAAGGAAAGGGUGACAUUGUCUUAAGUUAGCUAUCCAAGAGUUCUUAGCUAUAAAGGAAGACAUGGAGAGCUACAGGAACCAGAACUUUGCUAAUCAGAUGGAGAAGCCAAAAAGUAACUCUGCCAAAAGAAAAGUUGAAGAGGAAUGCAAACUUUUGCCUCUUUGUCGUGCUAAGCCCUCCCCAAGUUUCAUUCAUCUUCCAGCAACCAACCCAGCCACUUGUCAAAACAAUCAGUCAGCAAAGCUACAAACAGGAGUCGACAUUAAAAAGCCCCAGGAUUGCUUAGGUCUGCUUGAGUGUAUGCACGCCAAUCUCCAACUUCAAACCAAACUUGCCCAACAACAGAUGGCCAUCCUAGAAGAUCUACAGUCCUCCAUGACUCUGCUGAUUCCUGGGGGGGAGGGUAAGGACUCUAUGCUGCCAGCCAUACGUCCAAAUUUGCUGUUGACUUGCCAACCUCAAAUCAGUAAAUGAACUCUGGGACCUAG